UGCUUGCGGGGACUUUCCAAAGACUGCGUGCGCAUUAGUGCGCGUGCGCGUGUAAGUAUGCGUGUGCACGCGUACGGAGGGUUAAAAAGUGCACGUGUGUAAUAUUGAACAAUUACUUUUCACUGUUUUCAAUAAUUGGCAAGCUGGACACAUGUUAUUAAUUAAACCCAGUUUUUUGUUAAAGGGCACAUCCGGUUACUGGUGAACUUGCGUCGUCUGCUGCACUUGAUAUUUCCCCAGCAGCGGCGAACACAGUCAACGGGCGCCGGCUCGGUGUUUUACUUGAUCGAGUUUAAACCAGAAAAUGAACACACUAACAUGAAAACAAGGUUGGAGUCUCGCCUUAAGGUGAGUGUGUAGGUGACCCAGAGCGCGUUUUGCUGCAUUCACAGCACCUGUUUGGCGCACCUGUCCAUAAGAAGCCAUGGCCAGUGUCCGAACUGCAGCUGCAAGGCGGGAAGAUGGACCUGAGGGCCCCGACGGCGGUUGGGGUUGGGUGUUGGUGGGCGCCUUGUUCGUGAGCACCAGCCUGGUGUUCGGGCUCAUGCGAAGCCUGGGCAUCUUCUUCGUGGAGUUUGUGCAGUACUUUGACGAGAGCGCUCAGGCCAUCUCCUGGAUCUCAUCCACCGGCCUAGCGGCGCAGCAGUUCUUCAGCCCGCUGGGAGCUGCCUUGUCCAACGCGUAUGACACCCGCCUGGUUGUGAUGGCGGGGGGAUGCCUGGCUGCACUCGGCCUCAUACUGGCCUCACAGGCCACCUGUCUCGUCCACCUCUACCUCACCAUGGGCGUCAUUUCAGGGUUGGGCUGGGGUCUGGUCUUCAUCCCCAUGGUAGCCACAGUCAUGUCCAGCUUCACUCGGCGACGCGCUCUGGCCUUGGGAGUGGCGUUCUCCAGCAUCGGCCUGUCUUCCUUCGCUUUCAACCCGCUCUUCCAGCUCAUGGUGGAGAGGUACGCCUGGCGCGGGGCCCUGCUAAUUUUGGGGGGGCUCAGCCUCAACAUUGUGCCUUGCGGGGCGCUUAUUCCCACACGGCCGCGUCCUAAAGAUGCAGAAAAGGUUUCAGCAGAGAGAACGUCGUCAGGUGGUGGCGUCCUGCGUAGAGUCUCGUCCUAUUUGGAGCUGUCGCUGCUGUGCGAGCGGUCUUACCUCACCUACACUAUGGCCAUCACACUGCUCAAUGCAGGCUACUUCGUGCCAUACGUCCACCUGGUGGCCCACAGCCGACACGCCGGCUUCUCCCAGUACCAGGCCGCCUUCGUCAUGUCCGCUGCUGGCGCCGCUGACAUCUUUGGCCGCGUGGCUUCGGGCUGGUUUUCAGACCUGGGCCACUUCCGGCUCAUCCACUUGAUGACUGUGUGUACGGCGCUGUCCGGGCUAUUCAUCAUGUUGUUGCCCGUGAGCACCCUAUGGGGCUCCUACGCCACCCUCAUGGCCGUCAGCCUUCUCUAUGGCUUCUGCUCGGGGACGCUGACCUCGCUGGUUUUCACCGUGGUGCCCAUGGUGGCCGGCGUGGAGCGCAUGAUGGGGGCGCUGGGGCUGCUGCAGCUGAUUGAGAGCUGGGGCGGACUGUUGGGAUCUCCUCUGUCAGGGCUGCUCAAGGACGUCACGGGAGACUACAUGGCCUCCUUUGUGGUGUCGGGCUCCUUCCUCAUCCUCAGCAGCUUGAUAAUGACCACCCUGCCACACUACUUCUCCUGCACGGAUCCACCUCCUGUGCAAGGACCCCGCCAGGAGGACGAAUGCGAGGGUCCGGCCUCGGAGACGGAGCGAAUUAAUCCGACUCCUUGUGAGGUGAAUCACUGAGAUGUGACAAAAAGAUUUUGGUGCUGCUUACUCCACAUGUUAUGAUUCCUAUUUUGUUUGAUUUACACACGAAUUUGAAGCGUAUUCAAUCUUAAUUUCACAUUGAAGGUGAAUGGGGUUUGUGUGGUAUUUAAUUUCUUACACGCACACACACACUUUCCAAGUGGUGUGAAAUGAUUGACGCACAAACUACCUUUCUUGCUGUGUGGAGGACAUUGAUGACUAAAUGUUGCCAAGAGCUACCGUCUCAUUUGUUGGACACCAAAAAUAAUCUUAAUGAUCUGCUUUGUCUGUGCUGGUUUUCACACAAUCAGGAACACAAGACUGCUGCUAAUAACUACAUCCACUGAGGCACUUUGUACUUUUUUAAAGGAUUAAUCAAUAAUGCUGUUACUUCUUUGGCAAUUCUGCCUGGCAGCUUUUUUCCACAAUUACCAGAAACCAUUUUGAAUAGGAAAAUCAUAAUUGGACGUCUGUGUGGUCUGAAUUUAAAUGUUCCUGAAAUUCAGGCUCCUCAAAAGUGCCUGCAAGUUUGGCAUUGGAAAAGUUUUUUGUUUACUUUGGUAAAACCCAGUGGAAACACACAAAGGUGUUCCAAAAUGUUCCUGUGGCGAAAAAGCCUCAGUAACGAUAAGCAGUGGGAUUAAAGUCUUAAACCAACCUAUCCAAUGUGAAAGUUGUUUUGUAUACAACCUAUCGAUAAAAACAUUUUUGUGUCACUGUGCAGUUCCUUUUUGACUUAUUUUCAAAUUUAAAACAGAAGUCUUUAUUUUGGAUUGAAUAUAUUCUUUUAAGACAAAAUACAUUUAAAUUCAUUAUUCCUAUAUGAACAACAAAAAAAGUAAAAGCACUUUUUAAAACAAGCAAAAUGCAUUCACGUCAUGCGGGUCUGAUUUGAGACGCCAUUGUUGUGCACACAAAGAUGUGACUAUUGGGUUGUUGGUUUCCUCCAAAGUCAGCUGAGCAUCAUGUGACUACUGUACAUUUUUAAGGGCCGUGUCUGCAAAUGUUGUAUACGCUUUUAGAAUUUGCCAUCCGCACUGCUACGUUUCAGCUUCUCCGGGUUGUUGGAAGCCAUGUGUGAGAAAUCCCUGAAGAUGUGCUGAUAGGUCUCGUCACCUGGACAACCCAACAAAGAUAGCAACAAAUGAGCUUAAAAGGGCACUGGAUGAAAAAAAAAAAAAAAAAAAAGCCUAAGAAUUAAAUGGCGCAAUUCUGCAUUAGCCCGCCAGAUGACGCUGUCGGAUUUAAAGCUGAAGCGAUGAGCGGAAUAGAAGCCACCAGGAAGUUAGAAAAGCCGCAAAAAU